AUGCAGGAUGUGAGGACGUGGGCUACGAAGCUGGGCGUUUCGCAAACAUCCGUCUAUGUCUUCAGCACGCACAACUUCAAGCGACCCGAGAAUGAACUGAACGGCAUUUUCUCGGAGACAGUUACCUACUGCCGCGAAAUUAUAGACGACCCCGCGCGCCAGAAGCGUCGAGGCUUUAGGAUACGUUUUGUCGGAGACUUGGAGAUGCUGCCCCGUGACGUGCAGCGGACAGUGGCGAAGGCGGACAUCGCAACUUCAGGGAAUAGUGGGCACACAAUGACAGUUUGCAUCGCGUAUUCGUCGAGGCAUCAAAUGACACGGAUGACCUUGAAAAUGGCCCAAGCUGUGAAGACUGGUGUUCUCCAUAGUACGACUUCGUCUUGGGUACACAGGAGAGGAAAAGGGACCCGCUUACCAGGGAGCCGCGGUGACUUUUCAAUCCUCUAUAUACUCUUUUAUCUAUUUCUUUCUACUUUGACGAGCAGGGACAUAACGCCCCAGCUCAUUGACGAGUACAUGAACAUCGAAGACGCACCCGAGACCGAGAUGCUGACCAGGACAUCCGGUGAAGCCCGACUGAGCGACUUCAUUCUCUGGCAGAGCGACUUUGCCAUGCUCUACUUCGAGCCCAAGAACAUGCCCGAAGUGGGCUUGUUCGAUUACGUCAAGGCGAUAAUUCACUACCAAAUACUCUGUCAGUUUGACCGGAUCACCAGACAGAGCCAUCGCCGGGUUGAAGACGCCAGAGGAAAGACGCAAGACGCCGCACAGUUUCUACGACAACGGAUGUUUCUGAAGAGAGUGGAAACCGACCGUGUCUCGUAUUUAGAGCGUCUUGCAGUCGGCGACGAGAACAGUUCUUGA